ACUUUUUUUCCAGGUGAUUCAUGGCAGGGGAGAUGGAAGGAUUCUGUUCCUCCCUCCAUGACACCAGUGUCUCUGCUGGGUUCAGAACACUGUAUGAGGAGCGACUGCUGCUUGAUGUCACUCUGGUUAUUGACGAUCAUCAGUUCCAUGCCCAUAAAGCACUUUUGGCCACCCAGAGUGAUUACUUCAGAAUUAUGUUUACUGCAGACAUGAGGGAGCGUGAUCAGGACAAAAUUCACUUAAAAGGUCUAACUGCUACUGGCUUCAGCCACGUACUUCAGUUUAUGUACUAUGGAACUAUAGAACUGAGUAUGAAUACUGUUCAUGAGAUUCUUCAGGCUGCCAUGUAUGUUCAACUUAUAGAAGUGGUGAAGUUCUGCUGCUCUUUCCUGUUAGCGAAAAUCUGCUUAGAAAACUGUGCAGAAAUCAUGAGACUCUUAGAUGAUUUCGGUGUGAACAUCGAGGGAGUUAGGGAGAAGCUGGAAUCCUUUCUGCUAGACAACUUUGUGCCACUCAUGUCCAGGCCUGACUUCCUGUCUUAUCUGAGUUUUGAGAAGCUCAUGUCUUAUUUGGAUAAUGAUCAUCUGAGCAGGUUCCCAGAGAUAGAGCUGUACGAGGCUGUGCAGUCUUGGCUGCGGCAUGAUAGAAGACGCUGGAGACAUACCGAUACCAUUAUUCAGAACAUCAGGUUUUGCUUGAUGACCCCAUCCAGUGUUUUUGAGAAGGUUAAGACAUCAGAAUUUUACAGAUACUCUCGACAGCUGCGCUAUGAAGUUGAACAAGCAUUGAAUUACUUUCAGAACAUUCACCAUCAGCCUUUGUUGGACAUGAAAUCAAGCCGCAUCCGCUCUGCCAAACCCCAAACUACAGUAUUCCGAGGAAUGAUUGGACAUAGCAUGGUUAACAGUAAAAUACUCCUCUUAAAGAAACCAAGAGUCUGGUGGGAACUAGAGGGCCCCCAAGUACCCCUGCGCCCGGACUGCCUUGCUAUUAUCAAUAACUUUGUGUUCUUAUUGGGCGGGGAAGAACUGGGCCCAGAUGGUGAAUUCCAUGCUUCUUCCAAAGUGUUCAGGUAUGACCCCAGACACAACUCUUGGCUCCGGAUGGCAGAUAUGUCUGUACCGCGUUCAGAAUUUGCAGUUGGUGUUAUUGGGAAGUUUAUUUACGCUGUAGCAGGCAGAACCAGAGAUGAGACUUUCUAUUCAACUGAGAGAUAUGAUAUCAUCAAUGAUAAAUGGGAAUUCGUGGAUCCUUAUCCAGUUAACAAAUAUGGACAUGAAGGGACAGUGCUCAAUAACAAGUUGUAUAUCACUGGUGGAAUCACCUCAUCGUCCACCUCCAAGCAAGUGUGCGUUUUUGACCCCAGUAAAGAAGGGACCAUAGAACAACGGACCAGAAGAACUCAAGUUGUUACCAACUGCUGGGAGAAUAAGAGCAAGAUGAAUUACGCGAGAUGCUUUCACAAGAUGAUCUCUUAUAAUGGCAAGCUUUAUGUCUUCGGUGGUGUCUGUGUGAUCUUGAGGGCCUCUUUUGAAUCUCAGGGCUGCCCUUCCACAGAAGUGUACAACCCAGAGACUGACCAAUGGACCAUCUUGGCAUCCAUGCCAAUUGGUAGAAGUGGCCAUGGUGUGACUGUGCUGGACAAACAAAUAAUGGUUCUUGGAGGCCUUUGCUACAACGGUCAUUACAGCGAUUCCAUUCUCACUUUUGAUCCAGAUGAAAACAAGUGGAAGGAAGAUGAGUACCCACGGAUGCCCUGCAAGCUGGAUGGUUUACAAGUGUGCAACCUGCAUUUUCCAGAAUAUAUUCUGGAUGAGGUCAGGCGUUGCAACUAAUGACAUCUUUCUCACUUCAAAGCCAAACAAAAAAUUUGUUUGUGACAGAGUAGUUAAUUGAAAACAUAUAAGAAAAACCUCACCAGUUUUACUAUCAAAGCCAUUGGUCUAAUAGCAUACAAAUUUUUCAUUCUGUGCUAGCAUCCGUUGUUUUCUUUUUUAGUGGCCUCAAACUCAUGCAAUAAGUUAGUUCUAAGCACUAGCUCUUGAAACUACUUCCUGAGUCAGUUUAAUAGAAUGAUACACUUAUCUGGGAAGCUGAUUUUAUGCUUUAAACAUUUCUCUCAGAUGUCACUGUAGGAGUCAUGCAUCUUCUAAGAGAAGACCUGAUAAGUGUCACUUGUAAUUUCUGUUCCUAUCUUGAUCUGAAAUCUUUUUGAACAUUUAUUUCAGUCCGUUAGACCUUUUGGUUUUAUUGUUUAAGUUUAAAACUCUUGCCCUUUUUUGCAUGGCUUUUUGCUGAAAAUGCAAAAAUAUAAAUUUUCUACAAAGUUAACUUUUUAUAUUCAAAACACUAUUUCUAAGCUGCCUUCUCUUAUCUGCAUUGUGUUAGUGAAAGCGUACCCAUACGUGCAUACAUCUUAUGAAUAUAUAAGGCACAUCCUCUUUUAUGCGUGGUUAGUAUUCUAUAUUUUUAAGCUAGUGCACUUGCACACACACGGUUUGCCAUACUUGUUGAAUUUUAGAUGUAAUGUCUUUUCAUGUAUUAACAUUUUUAGAAAGUUAAAAUAACUGGAGUCCUCAUUUCGUGUCAAAGUAGUCUACAGUCCAUACUGAUUCAGUAAUAUUUGAACUCAUAUUCCUGAAACAUGUAUGGAUUUCUGAAAACUAACAUUUUAUAUUUUCAAAAGUAAACGUUAGUGUUCCUUAUCAAUGUA